AUGUUAUUUUUAUUACUCAUUUUGUAAAUCAAUGCAAUUGAAUUCAACUAAUCAUUGGGAAAAAGAGAGAUUACCUGUUUUGGUGAUAGUUUAACUGAAGGUUUAACAGUUAUAGGAGAAAUUAGUAGUACAAUUAAAGACUUUAGUAUUAAAAUAUAUGUAAGACUUUGAUUCUUAUUAAAGAAUCCAAUGAGAUUUAAAAAAGAAGGUUAUUUGCAUUAAAGUUAAAAUGAAUAGAUUCAAUAAUUUAAAUUUAAAGUGAAAUACAACCAUAAUAUUCAAAUAUGUAUACAAAAUUUGAGCACGUCAACUAUUUUAUAUACAUUAAAAUACAAUUAAGAUAAUGAAGAAUAAUCUGAUAAGAUUGAUACAUAAUUACCUAUGACAUAAUUAAAACCUAUUGAAAAUCUUAUGACAUAAAUGAAGAUAUCAUAUGAUAUAAUUAAAGUAUUUAAGUAUUACAAAAAUAGGGAAUGUUUUCAAACCUAGCAGAAAGAUAAGAACAAAGACUUUAAUAAUUCUAGUAAUUAGGAUUAAGAAUAGCAAUAUCAUCAGGAAUUCUGCUUUUAGUAACUGUAUUAAUAACUAUAUUUGGAACAUACAGACAUAAAAAAGUUAUGAAAAGUAAGAAAAUGAUUUGA